UGUAGGCUACAAAAUAAGAUGUGAUAUUUGUUGAGAUAAGAAAAAUUCAUGCAAUUCAAGAACCCACCUCUUGUGUCAGCACUUUAACCACGAGUCCAGUGGAUUCGUGCUUUACCUAGGGCCCACCAUCACUGUCUGAGGUUAGGGGCAAGAUGUGGGGAGAAGUUGGAGGGGCGUUGGUGUUGUUGCUGCUUUCGGAAGUCUUGGACUGCAUUGGUAUCUCUCCCCCAGGGAAACCUGUGCUCAUCAACUGUAGAUCCCCUGAGAAGGAGACCUUUACAUGCCGGUGGGACCCUGGUUUUGAUGGAGGACUACCCACAACCCACCACCUCUAUUACCAGAAAGAAGACUCCUAUGGAAUGUACGAGUGUCCAGAUUACCAAGCUGCAGGGAGCAACUCGUGCUUCUUCAACAAGAGCCACACCUCUAUAUGGGUCAACUACAACAUCACAGUGGUGGCCAUCAACUCUCUGGGCAGCACUGUCUCUGACCCGCUGGAGGUCGAUGUUAUGUAUAUUGUCCAGCCCAAUGCCCCAGAGAAUGUGACAGUGUCUGUGGUGGAGACUGAGGAGAGUCCACACCUCCUGGUGAAAUGGGAGCCCCCUCACGAGGCCGACACACGCUCUGGCUGGAUCACUCUCACCUACCAACUACGGGUGAAACGACAGAAUAAGAAGGAGAGCGAGUGGGAGGAGUAUGCCUCAGGGAAGCAGACCCAGUUGAUCAUCUACAGUCUGCAUCCAGGAGAGGUCUACAUGGUCCAGCUUCGCUGUAAACUAGACCAUAGCCUCUGGAGCGAGUGGAGCACCACUACACACACAGAGGUCCCUGAUUACUUUCUGAAGGAGCGAUCGAUCUGGAUUGUGGUCACCGUCUUUUCUGCUUUUAUAAUCCUGCUUGUUACCUUCACCCUGGCCAUGAAGAGAAAAUAUGUGAAGCAUUGUCUUCUGCCUCCUGUUCCUGGUCCAAAGAUAUCAGGACUAGAUUCACAACUCCUGAAGAGUGGGCGGUCCGAGGACAUUUUAAGCUCUCUGAUCAACCAGAGCUUUCCUCCCACCAUAGCCACUAAGGACCAGCAGGUGGACUAUCUGCUGGUGUUUGAUAGUGAACAGGUGACACCAGAUCUUCAGAAUGGACAAACAAGGACAAAUAACUCCAUAGAUCAUGGUUGCUAUGACCACAGCCUUUUGAUGGAGGCUAAUAAUAAAGAAGUAAAAGUUGGAGGCAGAGAGACGGUGGAACAGGGUUAUUCUGAGGGGCUUGAAUCUACUUUUAGGAAGACCAAGAGCCUGUCCACUGACGUUACAUCUCACCCAUAUCCUCAGAAGAAGCCAUUCAACAAUGUUACUGAAACGCCAAAGCAAGCGCCUGUUUCCAGCAAGUAUCGAUCCUUAAGCCAUCAUAAAGAUCUCUGGGACAGCUUAGCCAGAUAUCUAGACUACAGGGAAACAGUGGUCAAGAGCCAAUCAAACUGUGAUGACAAACAUUUGUCAUCACAGAAUAUUGUGACUCCCUCGAAGGCCAUUGGUUGUGUGGAGGUUCAGAGGUGGACAAAGAGCAUAGGCCUACAGGUGCUUGUACCUAAGAUGGAUAAGAGGCAGGAGGACUAUAGCAAAGUGAGUGUGGUGGAGAAUGAUAAUGUAGUGCUGCUCAAGAGAGAAACGGUCCCCCUCAAUUGCAUUUCCUGUAAGGUAGGAGGCAAUCAAUCAGAGAAAUGUCUCCAACAGAAGCCAUGUAAACCUAAUAUGACAGUGCCUGCAAAAGAGGGAGUGCAUAUAAGAUCUAAUGGUUAUGUGGAGCCUGUCACUAUGUCACACACUUUAUAAAAUGUAAUUGUCUGAAAUGACAUUCCAAUGUAGCAAAAAAAUUAAAUACUCGGGAUUGUGACAUUUUCACUGACAAGAGAAUUGACUAUAUCAUGUUGCUCAGGAUAUUGUUUUUGUAUGUACUGUAUAGUGAGCCAAUAAAUAUGGUAUUUUCUGA